AUGUGGAGUGAUGUUGGUUCAGCUCCAAUACGUCCAGAAGGAAGCGGGCUGUCAACUUCCAGGUCUGUUCUUUUGUCUUCUCAGCGUCCUCAAAGCUCUAAGAUCAGCUGUGAUGGGGCCUUCAAAGGAAGGGGUGCUGCUAUUGGCGUUGUCCUGAGAAAUUCUACUGACUGUUUUAUGGAUGGAAUUGGGAAGAGAAUCCUAGCGGUAUCAAGCCAAUACGCAGAGGCUGCAGCGGUACGGGAAGCUUGCUUAUUAGCUUUUGCAACCCAGCUUCGGUUAUGUACAAUUGAGAGCGACAACCAGGAAGUCAUAAAGCUCAGCACAACUGAAGGGUUCCUUACUGGGAAAUUUCUACUUUUGUGA